CCAAUCCCAAAGAGACAUUUGGAAAAAGCAAACAUAAUGGACACAGUGGAUAAAAUGAAGGAGACUUACAAUGAAAACUUAGUGAAGAAAACAAUUGAGGUAUUGAGAGUGAUUAAAAGGAAUGACCUGGUGGAGCGUUUAGUAAGUUUGGCAUCAAAAGUUACCCUCAAUAUGGAUAAGCCUGAAUACAAGGAUAAGGAGUCAUUUGAUUUUUCUGAAGAAAUCUGCGGAACGGAGCAGCAUAAGAGAGAGUCUAAAAUACUACCCACAAGAUUUCCCCUUCAAGACAAAUAUGAACAGAAGUUCUCACCAGCAGAUCUCCUUAAAAUAGGCCCUCCUGUGAAACAGAGCCAUGACACAUCUGAGAAAGACUUGGCACAUAUUUUUCUUCAGAGGUUGAUGAUGUUAGACUACAGAGCCAGAUAUAGUCCUGUAAGACAAGACAAUCCUGUUGUGAGCGGUUCACAGUCUGUUCUAGUGUUUAACAUUUAUAAUAUGUUUAGUGACAGUGCAGUCUCUGAUAACUCAUUGCAGUCUUAUAUGCAUCCAAUGGAUGUUCAGAUGGCAGUAUUCCACUGCUCAGACAGCUUUUUGAAGCAGACCGUGAUUACAAAGCUAUCCCAGUGUCAGUACGUCUUACCUUUGCUUGUCCCUGACCCAGUCACAAAGGAUAUUGAAUGUCCUCUGUGGACAUUCAGGCAGAUAAAAAAAACAUGGAAGAAAACUCAAAUCAAGGAUAAUUCACAUGCCAUCACCAUGAAGACAGUGCCCAUUUGCAAAGCCGAGACACCCAUGGUGUUUUUCUUCCGCCUGGGUUCCCUUCCAGUGUCGAAAUCUCAGCUCAUGAACACUUUGAUCAAUGACCGUCACAGCACCUUCUUCGACAGGAACUCCCCAGGUAGCAGCAAAUCUCACCUGCUGAUGGAUGGUGUGGCAGAGAUUGCCUGGUACUGCCCUGCUGGAAAACCCAAUGACUCCUUCACUGACUGCAUUGCCUUUUGUAAUCUUCAUGGUGAUGCUCUGUCAUUUGAAAAACAGCGUGAGAUACUGAUUGAAAAAUCAUCAGUUAAUGUUGUUCUUGUGCCGACUCUGGAAAAAGGUCAGAAAAGUACCACAGUCAUCCAAGACCUUUACAAGUUACCAAAGCCUUUAAUUAUUCUCAUUACCGACAGUGUUUGUGGUGCAGUACAGAUGAAAAAUAACAAUUACAAAAUGGGUCUGAAACACAGAAGCCAGCCAGAUGUUUCUGGAGAACUGAGAGGAAUUAUGAGAAAGAUUUUAUCUGAACCUCAUAGAUCCUUCCAGCUUGAAUCCAUGGCCGAGGUGUCUGGAGUCACAGUGGAUGAAGAUGAUGAAGUCUGCAAAACAGGGAAAGCUGCUGCAAUGAAAUUAGUUAAUAUGGUUCAAGGGAUGGAAAUUUCAAAUAUCAAAUAUACAUUUCUCCCUUGUCAAGAUCUGUGCCAUGAGUGGUGCAAAAUAAACAAAGAAUUGCAUCAUCUAAAAGGAAACAUCGAGCAGGAAAAAAGUCAGAAGCUACACAAACUGAGGAUAAUAAGACAAAAUCAGUGCGAAGCUUCAUGCAGUGAACUGAUGAAGUCAUUCACAGAAAGCCUCUUGUCUUUGGAAUCAAAAGAGAAGGAGUACUUCCUGAAAUGGACUCAGAUCUUAAUAGAUGCCCUAUCCACAGAAGAUAUUUCUUUGAUUCUUCAAAGCUAUGAUGAAAAGUGGACUGAGGUCUUGACUCUGAAGAAGAAACACGACAAAUCUGAUCUGUUAACAAGCAAACAAACUGAGCUUGAAAAACUAUCCCAAAAACUGCAGUCUGCAACCUUUGGCUUGGAGCACAUCUUCAGAGAAAUGGGACAGAUCUAUGAAGCCCAUAGAGAAGUACAAGCAGAGAGUAGACACGACUGGGCUAAAUACCCUGAACUGGCUGCAGAUCUGAUGAUUUCUGGACACCCAGUGGAGCUGAUGGAUGGUGAUGCAGGUCAUGUCCCGUUAACAUGGCUCUCUAGUCUUUUAGAUGAAGUUAUCAAGAAACUAGGUGACCAGAGAGUUUUUGUGUUGUCAGUUUUGGGCGUACAAAGCAGUGGAAAAUCAACAAUGCUGAAUGCCAUGUUUGGACUGAAGUUUGCAGUGAGUGCAGGCAGGUGCACCAAAGGUGCCUUCAUGCAGCUGCUCGAAGUGUCAGAGGAAAUCAAGAAAGACUUCAAGUUUGAAUAUGUUCUAGUGGUGGACACUGAAGGACUUAAAGCAGGAACUGCGACUCUUCAUCAUGACAAUGAAUUGGCAACAUUUGUUGUUGGUCUGGGAAACAUGACACUGAUCAACAUCUUUGGUGAGACUCCAGCUGACAUGCAUGAUGUCCUGCAAAUUGUUGUUCAGGCUUUCAUGAGGAUGAAGAAAGUUAAACUUUCUCCGAGUUGUGUGUUUGUUCACCAGAAUGUGCCAGAUAUCACAGCUGCUGAGAAAAACAUGGAUGGGAAAAGACGCCUACAAGAAAAACUGGACCAGAUGGCUCAGCUAGCUGCUAAAGAGGAAUCAUGUGAUGCUGAGUGUUUCAGUGAUGUCAUUGCCUUUGAUGUGCAAACAGAUGUGAAAUACUUUGCCCAGUUAUGGGAGGGAAGUCCACCGAUGGCUCCUCCAAAUCCAGGUUACAGUGAGAGCAUCCAAGAGCUGAAGAACAUCAUCCUGUCUAAGGCUAAACAGUCCACUGGGAUUACUAUCUCACAUUUUAACAGAAAGAUUCAAGACCUGUGGAAAGCCCUGAUGAAUGAACAAUUUGUUUUCAGCUUCAAAAACACAUUGGAAAUUGCAGUUUACAGAAGACUUGAGGUUGAGUACGGAAACUGGACCUGGGCCCUGAGGAGCAACAUGCUGGCGAUUGAAAACGAGCUUCAUACCAUAAUUGAAAAUGGAAACCUUAAUAAGGUUGAGCACAGUGAUCUAUUUAAUAAAAUGAGCAACAAAUAUAAAGAAGUAGAAAAGGAUAUGACAAAGUACUUUGAGGAUGACCGAGACAAAGAAAUGUUGGUUCAGUGGAGAGGCCGAUUUGAAAACAAGAUAAAGGAGUUUCAAGAGGAACUGGUGAGAGGAGUGGAAAGAAAACUGGAUGAAGUUAUUCAGCAGAAGAAAGCUUGUAAAAAGCUGGAUGAUAAGAAGACCGAAUUUGAGAACAAGCUGCUGCAAAAGAGCAAAGAGCUCGCUCAUCAACUUGCAGAGAAAGAGGACUUUGAUGCCUUUAUCAACUACAUCCGAAAACCAAGGAUGCAAGCUGAGGCUUUUAUCAAAGAGAAAGUAAACACGUACAUGUUCACAGAAUACAAAGACAAAGCCCUGAAUAUACUCGGGAAAAAUGUGGAGGACAAGUAUAAGUUUGUCUGUCAAGCUUUAUUUGAUGCAACAAAUAAAGUCAAAACUCAGAGAGGAGACAUUGACAUGUGGGCAGAGGAGUUUUCCAGUUUCCUAAAAGAUAAACUGACUCUUGAUGCCAUCUGUUGCCAAAACUUUAGGGACAUAAACAAUUUUGACUUCCUUAAAGAUGAGAUUGAGAGAGGUUUUGUGUCCAUCAAAAAGGAGAUGAAUCAACUUUCCUUGGAUAAGAUGAAGGAAUUCAGACUGAGACCUGAUCAAAUCCUCAUCGAUCAGCUGUGUAGCUGCUGCUGGGAAACCUGCCCAUUCUGUGCAGCUGUUUGUACCAACACUAUUAAAGAUCACAGUCCUGAAGACCACAGCGUCCCCUUUCAUCGAUCUCAAGCAGUCAAAGGUUGGCACUACAGAAACACUGAGAUAAUGAGUGUGGAGUUCUGCACAACAAAAGUUGCAAGUGAUGGACGUUUUUACCUUAAUUAUGAUUCAGAAAUAUCCAUUCCUUUCAAAAAGUACAGAACUGCUGGGCCAAAAUAUGCAAACUGGAGCAUUACUCCUGAUGAGUCUAAGCUGAAGUAUUGGACAUGGUUUGUGUGUAGAUUUCAGCAAGAACUGGAAAACUACUAUGGUUUCAAAUUCAUGGAGUAUGGUGAGAUUCCCAGUGAGUGGAAAACACACACUAAAGAAGAGGCUAUUCAAACUUUGUAUGAAACGUACAGUGCAAACUGUGAGUGAGUUAGGACAGCUCACAGCCCGGCGUAGACGCGAGGUGCUGUCUUAGAGCUUGACUUAUUUGCUUGAUUUAUUUGUUGUGGAUAGAAGUAAUUAUGCCACAAUAAUACGUGAACAUUGAAAAUACACAACCCGUUGAGGGGAUGUAUGACAUUUAUGUUUGGGCAAUGGGAAGGUUUCAUUUUGUCUAGUAUGGAUUCUCUUGACACAUUCUUAGCUAUUAUUUUCACAUGCAAGUAAAGUUAAUGGGAUAUCUCAGAUAUAAAAGGGGGAGCUUUUAAAGAAUAAAUAUAUAUUCUUAGUGCUUAUUUUUUUGUUUAUAUUGUUUUAUGUAGGCCACUAUAUUAAAGAGGCCACUUUUCAGUCAUAAAGUGUAUUUAAGGUCACAAGGUGGUGAGCGAGACUGAAAUACCAUGCAAGACAGGAAACUGUGCAGAAUACGCCUUUUGCAGAGCUGCAGAGUACAGGAUGUGGAGAGGAAGUGAAACUAGGCAGAGUGCACUGCAGAGUUGUUUUGAUCGAAACUAUGUGCGACUCUAACAGACUAUAUUAUGUGCAUCCGGCUUAAUGCUUCAGAUCUGCAGAGGGUUUAGCCUUGUGCACAGUCCCUUUCCGGAAAGUAAUGAUUGACUAAAAUAAUUAUAAAGUUUUGACCACACUGAGUCGUGUCUUCUCUGCUCAGUUAGAAGAAUAAAAGAACCGGUUUUGAUACAACAAGCGACAAGUCCUUUUUGUCAUGUGGAUACUUAUGAAUCAGACUAGUAUUUAGAAGUUUAUUGAAAUAAACAAUCACACAGGAAAGCCCACAGGACAUUUUCAGAAUGUUAUGAGAAAUAAAAAUUAAUAUGUUAAUGUUAAUUUUGAAUUACUGUGUAAUCCACAAAGGAUUUCUGCACAGGAGAACAUUUUUCAUGAAGGAGAAACAGAACACAAUUUCAUCUAUGUAUUCACAGAUGGAAUUUCUACAUGUUUUGGUUAUUUUAGAUUUGAUUAAAUCACAAUAUGAAAUAUCUGAAGCUCAUAAUUGUGUUAUGAGUUAAGUGGGUGUCAGUUGAGUUAAAAUUACAUUUUAUAGUAUAUAAAACACAUUUUAUUGUUGCCAACUGAAUAAUUUCAUUUGAAAUAAAAUGAACAUUUUCUCUGAAUGUUUUAGUAUGUGGAUUGUCCAAACAUGAUAAAGAACAUAACACACACACACACAAUAUUAUGCUUUGGUAUUUGAACUUUGUCAUGUUAACUUCAUUCUCAUCAACAUCACUUUUUGUUUCUUUGUUUCUUUGUAUUUCAAUUUAUUUUGGACUAAUGAACUUUGAUUAAAAAAGCAAUGUUUUA